UUUCAUCGUUACACAGAAAAAGCUGAGACGAAUUCCUCACUCUAUUUGCAGUGAAGGUAGAGGGUACAGAACACAAAGCUAAAUUGCGCCGGCGGCCGGUGAUCCAAAUACGGCCGUUGAUUCCCAGCUGGCCCCCACCCGAGUCUCCAAUCCCCACCGUUCGAUUGACUGAAACCAUACUUUCUCGAGGUUUUCUGUUGCUGUACGCACAUAAGAAAUUCAUGAAACAGCUUUCCUUUUUUGGGUCUGUACGGACGGUUCCUGGUUUUUUGUUUUUUUUGUUUUUUUCCCAUUUCUAUGGAGGAUGCUCCGAUCAACCCUAACCCUAAUUCCAAUUCUAAUUGAGGUUAUCUGACGAUUGGAGUCCCAUGGAAGUUCCUUGGAAUUGAAAUUUUGAUGUAACCAGGAAACGAGAAGGAAGAGGAAAAUUUGAGAGUUUGCCUUUUUUGGAGUAGAGGAGAGGCUGAAUUUAGAGCUCUCAGAGUGUCCAGGUGUGCAAAAAUGGAGUCUAAGGAGCUGAAUUUGAACAAAGAAUUUAGCGGUGGGAAUAAUAGUAAGGGAGGGGAAGGGUUUAUAGAUAGGAGCAAGGUGAGGAUUUUGUUGUGCGAUAACGACGACAAGAGCUUGGAAGAAGUUCUGACUCUUCUUGUGAAAUGCUCUUAUCAAGUGACUCCAGUGAGGUCAGCUAGACAGGUGAUUGAUGCACUGAAUGCAGAAGGAGCUAAUAUAGAUUUAAUACUAGCUGAACUUGACCUUCCAUUGGCCAAAGGCAUGAAGAUGUUGAAGUACAUCAAUCGGGAUAAAGAGUUACGGCGCAUUCCCGUGAUCAUGAUGUCGGCACAAGACGAGGUCUCUGUUGUUGUCAAGUGCUUGAGGCUUGGAGCAGCAGACUAUCUUGUAAAGCCUUUACGCACGAAUGAGCUAUUAACCUUGUGGACACACAUGUGGAGAAGAAGGCGCAUGCUUGGACUCGCAGAGAAGAAAAUUUUGACCUAUGAAUUUGAUUUGGUGGCCUCGGACCCUAGUGAUGCUAAUACAAACAGUACUACUUUGUUCUCGGAUGACACGGAUGACAGGUCUCACAGGAGCUCCAAUCCUGAGAUGGGAUUGUCAACCCAUCUGGAAGAUGAGUCAGCUGCUAUCGAGCCUCCACAUGUAGUGGAAUAUCGACCUGAUGUGCCAGGAAUUAGCGACCGACGAACAGGACAAUUUUCAUCUUGCCCAAAGAAGAGUGAGCUAAAGAUUGGCGAGUCUUCCGCCUUCUUUACAUAUGUCAAAUCAAGCACCGUAAAAAACAACUCUCAAGGGGCUGUCAAUCUUGAUGACAAUGCUGCUCAAAAUUUGAGGAUGGGAAAGAAACAUCAGGAAUGCAGUGAACAAGUGGUUACUGAUCCCCAAAUACAUGAAAAUGGUGGGGAGGCCGGAGAAAGCUAUUCACCGGGAGAUGACUUUCCCAGCAGUAAUAGUAUCCCAGAUUCUCUUUCAAUGGAGAGGUCUUGUACCCCACCUGCAUCAGUGGAACUCCCGCAGCAAAGGGAUUUCAAGGAUGAAAAGUUCUCUCAAGUGAUUUCCCACUCAAGAAAUCAGCAUCAACUUGAUGUUUCUGGCUUACCAGCACAAGCUGCUUUUCCAUAUUGCAUUUCAGGAGUUGUAAAUCAAGUUAUGAUGCCAUCUGCAGCACAACUGUAUCAAAAGAAUCUGCAGGAGCUGCAAAAUCAUGCAUCUAAAGCUAUGAUGUCUCAGUACCAUCAUCUUCCGCAAUGCCCUCCUCAUGUUAAUGGAAUGGCAUCAUUCCCGUAUUACCCUGUUAAUAUAUGCUUACAACCUGGUCAAAUGUCUACUUCUCAUGCUUGGCCAUCAGUGGGAAGUUCAUCUUCCCCUGAAGUGAAUUUGAAUAAAAUGGAUAGAAGAGAAGCAGCAUUGAUGAAGUUUAGGCAGAAAAGAAAGGAGAGAUGUUUUGACAAGAAGAUUAGGUAUGUUAAUCGAAAACGACUUGCUGAAAGAAGGCCUCGUGUUCGAGGACAGUUUGUGAGGAAGAUAAAUGGUGUAAAUGUGGAUCUUAAUGGGCAACCCACUUCUGCUGAUUCUGAUGAGGAUGAUGAAGAGGAUGAGGAGAAGCUUGCUUGAAAGGAUUCCUGUAAAAAUGCAUGCAUGAAAGCAUGCUUGGGAUAUUAAUGUUGAUGCUGGUUCCUGGCGAUCGUCUUGUUCCCUUCAAUGCGGUAAUUCCCUUUCAAGUUGUUAAUUUUCCAGAAUUUCCCUACACCUUUAGCUGUUCCCUAUGUUGAUGCAUGAGACGAGGUGCUUCAGUUUGUCAGUAAAGUGUGCAAGUUUGGAAGAAUAUAUCAGUGAAGUGAAUAGCCUUUUUCUGUAAGCUCUGAACAGUUGCUGGCAUGUUUCACUUCUCUGAAGAGGUUGGAACGAUGGGGGAGAAUAUCAGAGAUCUGACUGAUCCUUUAACCCUAAGAUUUCUGUUCGCUUUCUUUCCGUCAACAGGACAUUUCUGUACCCUAAUAGGUUGAGAGGAUGUCCUUUUUUAUGGUUCUAAUCAAGAGAGCGGUUGAAUGAAGAGGCUGAUUUUCUCUAGUAAAAUGCUUGUAGAAAUUCCCAUCAAUUGGUUAAAUAACAAUGUAAACUUUUAUUACUCUUCAAGUAUCAAACUGCUGUGAUAUGUAAAAGUAUUACCCUGGCCAGGACCUUUCUUGGAGAAAGAUUAAGUUAGAGAAGAAAGACUUGAGGUAAUAUGACGGCAAUAAUUGUUUCUUGAUUGAUGAAGUGUUUCGAUGUAAUAAAAAGGAGCAAAUUGCUUUUGUAUA